CUGCGCGUGCCAGUUCAACUCGGACGAGGGCGCGCUGAGGCUGCUCGAGAGGCAGCUGGACAGGUGCGGGCCUGAUCAUUUGUGCCCGCAGUGGCCAAUGUGCCCGACGUGCCCGCUGCCGACCCCUUGCGCGCCGCUCUGGCCCGCGGGGCUGGGCGGCUUCGUGGCCGGGGUGGCCGCCAGCGCGCUCGUGGCCCUUUGCGCCAGGCGCUGCAGCGGCCGCCCGCCCGGCGCGCGGGCCUCCGUGGCGCGCGCCGCCGGGCCGAGCGCGGCGCUCGGGCUCGCGGACGCGCCCCCGCCGCCGCCGGCCGCAGGAGCCGCGCCUGCGGCGCCGGCCCCGCCGCUGACGAGCGGCCUCCCGGCGCUCGGCCGCCCGGCCAGCGCCAUGGCGACGCUCCCGCCGGGAGCGUUCGCCUUCGCGCAGUACGACGACCCGCUCGACAAUGGGCGCUGGCACGAGCGCCUGAUCAUGGGCAGGGUCAGCGGGGCGGAGUACAUAGUCUUGACACCUGAUGGAGACGUUUUCAUCGAACAGCUCGAUUCGGCGAACCGUGAUCUCUCGGGAGCGCGAUUCUCGCCGGCGCCGGGGGGCCUCCCGGCCGGGCUAACCGGCGCGAGGCUCUAUCGGUUCGCGGCCCAGCCGUCCGGCGCCGAGUUGGCGGCGCUGCUCAGCGAGGGGGCCUCUCACGCUCGCGUCGACCGCCAGGCGAGGGGUUUUGCGCAGCCUCCCGCCGCGGGCGCGGCGGGCGGCCCAGGGGGCGUCGCCCCGACCGUGGUGCCCGCCCCCUUGCUGGCCGCGCCGCCGCCGGCCGUGGCGGGCGGGCCGCCGCCGCCUGCGCCCGCUCCGAAGGUGGCGCCGGCCGGCGGCAGCUGGGUCUUCGACGUCCCGGGGCCGCUGCGUGCGAUCGGGCAGGAGUUCGUGUAUCCCGCGGGGGCGCUGGACUUCGGAGGCCGCGUGUUCGUGACGGUCGGGCGGGAGAUCACGACUGGCACCCUCGUCGCAGCCGACGCGGACUUGGACGAGUCGGCGGAGCGGCGGCUGUUCCUGAUGCGGGGCGAGCCCCGCCUGCUGCCGCGUCGCCAGGCAGCCGAGCCUGCCCCCUUCAGCAGCGACGCCGUGCUGUUGCGCAAGGAAGCCCGGACGGAGAUCCGUCUCGAGGGGCCUCCCAGGAUGGGGGGCACGGUGACGGCGCUGCAGGCGAGGAGCCCAGGGGGCCUCAUGGCCUCCCACGAGCGCUGGCUGGUGGAGAGCCGGGUGCCAGCGACCAGCCGCUCCGCCCAUGAGCAUCGGGUGGUAUCGAAGGCGCUCCAGCUCGGGCACUCGGUCGACGGGGUCAACUUGGCAAACUUGACGAGCAUGGAGCAUUUGAAUCGGCUCCGACAGCUUCCCGAGGAGGCGCACAAGACCGAUCCAGACAAGCCGAACUUCGAGGAGGCCCACUACUUCCUUGGCGAGGACGACGUCGGGGCCUGGACUCUCGUUGCCCCGAGCUCGAGUGCCCACGUCGCCGGCGAGUUCGCCAAG